GAGCAGGCAGCGGCGAGGCCAAGCCUGCAGACACGGCUGCCAGCGCGGCAGCACAGCAAGCCCAGCAGCCUGCGGCUGGCAGCGGGCCCCAGCAGGACGGCGGCCCCGUGCCAGACGGGCGCAGCGCCCGCACUCCUGAUCCCACUGGCAGCCCGAGGCCCAACAAGGACCGGCUCCUGACGCCCGCCGAUCAAUCCAACAGCCCCCGUACGGCCCUCCGCCAGUGGGCUGCCCAGAUACCUGCACGGGCUCGGCCCGACGCGCCCGCUCGGCCCGCCAACCGAGUGGACGACCUCUGGCCAGACGACGUGCGCACGCACGCGUGGUACCUGCGGCACCCGGGCUUCGAGGUGGAUCAGCGCUACAGGCACCUGGUCGACACCGUCCUGGACGACGACGGCGAGCACGCCACGGUAUACAGCCCGCAGCUGCUCUCCGACAACUGCCUGCGAAAGGUCCCGCGCGCGAUCUGGCCCCAGGGCGUCAUCCCCGACGACACCCUGUCUGAUUGGCCACGCUGGACAUUCGACGCGGAGGAGUACUUCCUGGGGCACGUGGCAGCGUGGCUGGUCGCACACGGCGGCAUGAGGGACAACUGGGAGCAGUACUGCGCCGACCACACCCUCACCCAGCGCUACCCGCCCCUGGCGCACCGACAGCAGCUACUAGCCCACGUCGUGCAGCUGGGCCAGCAGGCGGUGGAGGCCUGCCCUUACCUGGCACGGGACGCGUUGGCCCCCACCCUGCACCUUGUCCCCGGCCGGCUUCGCGAGCCCGUUGCGAGGCAGGCCGCUGCCGACCCUGGAGACGCCAAGGCCCGCGUCCGAAGCCUGGAGCUCCCGGCCGCGGGCAUGCCGAACGGCCCCGAGCUGACGGGCCGCCCCAUCGCGGGGCUCGCUUCCGGGGACGCGACACGGGCCGCGCAGAAGGCCUCCGAGACGGGGCGCCACCGGACACAGAGCCUGGACCCGAGCGGCUGGGACGACGAGGCCUGCAACGAGUUCCUGAACCUGGUCCACGGAGAGUCCGCCCCUGACACCUUCUUCCCGCGGGGACAAUGGGACGACGACCGCGCCGCCCUCGUGCACCUGGCGAGCUUCCUGACGACGGAUGCAGCGAAUGGCGGCGGCGAUCUCGGCGCGCGCUGGGAGCAGCACAUCCGCGCCAACCGCGUGAAUUUCGGCCCCUCGCCCCUGGCCUACCCGCGACCGGUGCUGGAGGCAAGCCGCGGGCAAGGGGCUGCUCACCAACUACCAGCCCAGGACCCUGCCUGCGCAGCCUCUCUGCGCCACGCGCGCCCCUGA